UUAAAAGCUAAACCAAUCUAAUAGGUUGUAUUGAUCAAACAUUCCAGGGUUCAUACCAUACCUUCAUGACAUCCUUGUUUGACAUUUCCCUUUAAAAGGCAGCCUGUGACUGCAGGACUUUCACAUCCCCAUCAGCCAUGAGAGUGGUUGUGCUUGCCCUCACUCUGGCCUUUGUGGCUGGUCAACAUCAUUACUUUGUUCCUGACUUUGCUACUGGUAAGACUUAUGUAUACAAGUAUGAGGCACUGCUCCUGAGCGGUCUGCCGGAGGAAGGUUUGGCAAGAGCCGGACUCAAAGUCAGCAGCAAAGUUCUCAUCAGUGCUGCAGCCCAAAAUAUAUACAUGCUGAAGCUUACGGAACCUGAGCUCUAUGAGUACAGUGGCAUCUGGCCUAAGGCUCCUUUUAUACCAGCAACCAAGCUGACUUCAGCCAUGGCUGCUCAGCUCUCGACACCCAUCAAGUUUGAGUAUGCCAAUGGUGUUGUUGGAAAAAUGUUCGCCUCUGAGGGAAUCUCAACAAUGGUGCUGAACAUCUACAGAGGUAUCCUGAAUGUCCUUCAGCUCAACAUCAAGAAGACACAGAAUGUCUAUGAAAUGCAGGAGGACGGCACUCAGGGUGUGUGCAAGACCAUCUAUGCCAUCAGUGAAGACGAAAAGGCUGAACUCAUCAUUUUAACAAAGACCCGGGAUCUAAACCACUGUCAGGAGAAGAUCAUAAAGGACAUUGGGUUGGCAUACACUGAGAAAUGUGCAGAGUGCCAGCAGGAUUCAAAAAACCUGAGAGGAACUACAGCAUACAACUACAUCUUAAAGCCAGUUGCUAAUGGCAUCAUGAUCCUGGAGGCAGCUGUCAAUGAGCUGAUCCAGUUCUCACCUUUCACUGAGAUGAAUGGAGCUGCUCAGAUGGAGACCAAGCAAUCGUUGGUGUUCCUUGAGAUUCAGAGUGCUCCCAUUGUACCCAUCGAGACUCAGUAUGUUUACCGUGGAUCUCUUAAGUACGAAUUUUCCACUGAGCUUCUUCAGACACCCAUUCAGCUCAUCAAUAUCACCAAUGUACAGGCCCAGAUUGUGGAGGUUCUGAAUGAUCUGGUUGCCCACAAUAUGGAGAGAGUCCAUGAGGAUGCCCCUAUAAAGUUUUUUGAACUCAUUCAGCUUCUCCGUGUAGCCCGCUUUGAAGACGUGGAAAUGGUUUGGAGCCAAUACAAAACCAAACCUGUCUACAGACAGUGGAUUGUGGAUGCCAUUCCGGCCAUUGGAACUCCUGUUGCUCUAAAAUUCAUCAAGGAGAAAUUCCUAGCUGAUGACCUUGCUGUUGCUGAAGCUGCUCAGGCUUUGAUUGCAUCUGUUCACAUGGUGACAGCAAACACUGAGGCCAUCAAUCUGGUUGAGGCCCUGGCAUUCAACAACAAGAUAGUGGAAAACCCAAUUCUGCGUGAGAUUGUUCUCCUUGGCUUCGGUACCAUGAUUUCAAAAUACUGUGUUGAGAUAGCUGUCUGUCCUGCUGAAUUAAUAAAGCCCAUCCAAGCCCUCCUUGCAGAGGCUGUCGCUAAAGAUGAGACUGAGGACAUCAUCCUGCUCCUUAAGGUUUUGGGUAACACUGGCCAUCCUAAUAGCCUUAAACCGAUCACAAAGAUCCUGCCCAUACAUGGCACUGCAGCUGCAUCUCUACCCAUGAGAGUCCAUGCUGAAGCCAUCAUGGCCUUGAGGAGCAUUGCUAAGAAGGAGCCAAGAAUGAUCCAGGAAUGGGCUCUUCAGCUCUAUAUGGACAAGGCUCUUCACCCAGAGCUUCGUAUGCUUGCAUGCAUUGUGCUGUUUGAGACAAGGCCUCCAAUGGGUUUGGUUACAACUCUUGCUAACAUUGUGACGAGAGAGCAGAAUCUGCAGGUAGCAAGCUUCACUUAUUCUCACAUGAAGUCCUUGACCAGGAGCACCGCCCCUAUCUAUGCCUCUGUUGCUGCAGCUUGCAACAUUGCUGUCAAAAUGUUGAGCCCAAGUCUGGACAGACUGAGCUUCCGUUUCAGCAAAGCCAUCCACGUGGACAUCUAUAACCAUCCUAUGAUGUUUGGUGCUGCUGCCAGCGCUUACUACAUCAAUGAUGCUGCCUCCAUUCUGCCCAGAUCUAUUGUGGCUAAGGCAAGUGCCUUCCUUGCUGGAGCUGCUGCUGAUGUUCUGGAGGUUGGAGUAAGAACUGAGGGACUCCAGGAAGUUCUUCUGAAAAACCCUGCACUCAUUGACAAUGCUAACAGGAUCACCAAGAUGAAGCGUGUCAUUAAGGCUCUUUCUCAGUGGAAGGCUCUUCCCACCAGCACACCUCUGGCCUCCAUCUAUGUCAAAUUCUUUGGUCAAGAAAUUGCCUUUGCUAACAUUGACAAAGUCUUGAUUGACCAGGCCAUUGCGCUCACCACCGGACCCUCUGUUGGUAGGAAAGCAAUCAAGGCUCUGCUGUCUGGUGCUUCCUUCCACUUUGCUAAGCCCCUCCUAGUCACUGAAAUAAGGCGUAUCCUGCCAACUGCUGCUGGUAUUCCAAUGGAGCUCAGUCUGUACACUGCUGCUGUGGCUGCUGCAACUGUUCAAGUCAGGGCCAUCACAACACCAGCUCUGCCAGAAAACUUCCAUCUUGCUCACCUACUGAAGACAGACAUUCAGCUUGAGGCUGAGAUCAUACCAAGUGUUGCUGUGAACACAUUUGCUGUGAUGGGGGUAAACACCGCCAUAUUCCAGGCUGCUGUGCUAUCAAGAGCUAAACUCAACUCCAUUAUGCCAGCCAAAAUUGCUGCAAGACUUGACAUUAACGAGGGCCACUUUAAGAUUGAAGCUCUGCCUGUUUCUGUGCCUGAAAACAUUGCAGCUGUCUAUGUUGAGACUGUUGCUGUGGCAAGAAAUAUUGAGGACCUUGCUGGUGCAAGAAUCACUCCCAUCAUCCCUGCCAAAGCAUUGCAACCAAUCUCAAGGGAGAUUCUCACAUCUAAGAUUGUUUCAUCUGCUGCUGAUAGUUUGUCACAAUCUUCAGAGAUCAUUCCCCAGGAUGUGGCAGUUCCCAUUUUCAUUGCAAGACCCAAAGCAGUUCAGUUUGAGAAGAAGUACUGUGCUAAAGCUGUUGGACUGAAGGGCUGUUUCAAGAUUGCCAUUGAGAAUGCUGCUUACAUCAAGAACAUUGCCCUGUACAAACUGGCUGGAAAGCACUCUAUUGCUCUUUCCUUCAAAGCAAUUGAAGGUGAUGUCAUUGAGAGACUGGAGAUGGAGGUUCAAGUUGGACCAAAGGCUGCAGAGAAGCUCAUUAAACAGAUCAACCUGAGUAAAGAAAUCGUUGAAGGAAGCCCAGUCUUAAUGAAGCUCAAGAAAAUCCUGGUUUCUGGUCAGAGGAAUGUCACCUCAUCUUUCUCCUCUAGCUCCAGCAGAACUCGCUCAAGCCCUAGCUCCAGCUCCUCUUCCAGCUCCUCUUCUAGCUCCUCUUCCAGCUCCUCUUCUAGCUCCUCAUCUCAUGUCAGCAGCAAGGCCAUUGAUGCAGCUGCUCCAGCCCGUAGACUUCGCAGUAGCAUCAGCAGCAGCUCUUCCACAUCUGUUAGCAAGUCCAGCUCUGCAUCUAGCCUUGCAUCGCUCUUCAGUGCAAGCUCAAGUUCCUCUAGUUCCAGUGCCAGUCUUUCAAAGCGAGUGCUUUAUCUCCACAAGUUCCAGAAGAACCACAAGAUGCAGGCUCUCACUUCUCAAUCAGCUGCAGUUUCAAGCAGCAGAAACAGUGCCUCAACCUUUGAGGUAAUCUUCAAACAGAAAAGAUUCCUUGGUGAUGGAGCUGCUCCUAAUGUUGCCAUCAUCUUCCGUGCCGUCAGAGCUGACAAAAAGAUAAUGGGAUACCAAGUGGCAGUUUACUUGCACAAACCUACCACCAGAAUUCAGAUUAUCAUGGCUGCCUUGGCUGCCGAUAAUAACUGGCAGUUCUGUGCUGAUGGAGUUGUGCUUAGCAAGUCAAAAGUCACAGCUAAAAUCGCCUGGGGAGCUGAAUGCAAGCAGUACCAAACCACGAUCGCAGCCGAGACUGGUCUUCUUGGUCCAAGCCCUGCAGCUCGCGUGAGAGUGGCCUGGAACAACCUGCCUUCGACCUUUAAACGCUAUGCAAAGAAGGUGUAUGAUGUCAUUCCUGCUUCCAUAAUGGCUGGCAUGGUUCAAGGAAAGGAUAAAAACACCACUAAGCAGCUCUCACUUACACUAGUUGCCACAUCUGACAGGACUAUUGACUUCAUUUGGAAAACACCAACACAUACUGUCUAUAAGGUGGCUUUGAGUCUUCCAAUUGCACUGCCACUUGAAGAAAUCAAAGGUCUCACCCCCUUCGAUGACAUUGCUGAUAACGUCCACUACUUGUUUGCCAAGGCUGGUGCAGCUGAAUGUAGCUUCGUCAACGACACACUGACCACAUUUAACAACAGGAGAUACAAGAACAAUAUGCCGUUGUCUUGCUACCAAGUUCUGGCACAGGAUUGCACCAAUGAGCUGAAAUUUAUGGUUCUGCUGAAGAAGGAUCACAUUGAUCAGAACCACAUAAAUGUGAAAAUUGCUGAUAUUGAUAUUGACCUGUACCCGAAGAACACUGAUGUGAUUGUCAAGGUUAAUGGAAUGGAAAUACCCACCAACAACCUGCCGUAUCAACAUCCCACAGCUAAAAUCCAGAUCAGACCAAAGGAUGAAGGCAUUUCUGUGUACGCUCCCAGCCAUGGUCUUCAAGAAGUCUUUUUUGACAAGAACUCAUGGGCGGUUAAAGUUGUGGACUGGAUGAGAGGACAGACCUGUGGACUCUGUGGAAAGGCUGAUGGGGAAAUCAGACAAGAAUAUCGCACACCUAAUGGACGCUUGACCAAGAACGCAGUCAGCUAUGCUCAUUCCUGGGUUCUGCCAGCAACGAGCUGCAGGGACAGCACUGAGUGUCGUAUGAAGCUUGAAUCUGUGCAGCUGGAGAGGCAGGUAAAUUUCCAUGGCCAGGAAUCCCAAUGCCACUCUGUUGAGCCCGUACUGCGCUGCCUGCCCGGCUGCUUCCCUGUGAAAACCACCACUGUCACUGUUGGCUUCCACUGCCUUCCUGCUGAUUCUGCCCUGAAUCGCCCAGAGACUCUGCGCAGCAUCUACGAUAACAGCGUGGACAUGAGGAAAACAACAGAAGCCCACCUAGCCUGCAGCUGCACUGCUCAGUGUGCUUAAUAACACUUUCUGUUGGUCACUUACAUCAAUUCCAUUUAAAUGAAUUGCAUCUCAAAAUAA